GAGGAGUCGCAGCUCACGAGCAAGAUCGAAGAGAUCCAGGCCCUGGUGAACACAAUCAGCGAGGUUGUCAACGCGAUCCUCGCCGCCCUGCGAGUGACGAUGCAGGGCGACGCCACCAGUGACGACGACAGACCCGAGCGCGCCAUCACCUCUGAACAGGGCCUGGAGCAAACAGAGCCGCCCGUUGCCGCCGUCCGGGGCCUCCCGGAGUCGCUGGCCGUCUCCCUCCGGGAGAACCGCACCGCGUGGUACCGCGAGUUGCAGCAGCUCGCCCGCAUGGAGAAGUGCAUCCGGGACCAGCUGAAGGUGGCCUCUAAGGACGCCCUUGGCAACGGCGACCCGGUGAUCGUCGCCGCGGGGAAGCGCGACCUGCUGGAUGCGCUCAGGCGGGGCGCCGCGCUGACGGACUCGGUGCUGCGGGGCAGCUCGCACACGCCGCGGGCCGUGCCCAGCGAGGCGGCGAAGGGCACCCUGGCGCCCAUACUCAAGGGCUUCUCCGACACGCUGAAGCGGCUGUGGCCGUCCGACGGCGCGGACGCCGCGCGCGCGGAGCCGACGUCGCCCCCCUCGUCGCUGGUAAUCAUCGGUGGACACCAGCCUCAAGAGGAGCUUCUCGCAGGAGCACGUGCCCGCGGCGCACGGGGUGGCCGAGGGCGCGCUGGACGGCGCCGCCAAGGGCUGGGGCAUGGCCCGGAGCCGGUCCGAGAGCUUUCUGCUCUCGGGCAUGGCGGCCCGCACGCCCCUGAGGAUGCGGCGCACCAUCUCGAUCGACAGCACGUGCCAGGAACUCCGACAAGGCCCGGGAGGGGAAGUCCAUGCCGCAGCGGCUCGAGGAGCUGCAGGCGAAGCUCGGGGAGCUGGGCCCUGGCAAGGAGGAGGGCCUCUUCGCCUCCGCCGCGCUGCCCCGCGGCGUGCAGGGGCUCUGCCUGCCGGUGC